UUCUUAUCGCCAAUGUGAAGAGGGUGGACGCCACGUAUCCGAACGAGCUACGACAGAAGCCCCUGGUGGUCGUCAAAAUCCCUUUAGGAAAAAAAAUCUUCCAACAACUUUCCUCCAUCUCGGCCUUUUUUUCUCCCAGCUUCGCUUGGCGGUAAUCGAGAGCCAAAAGGAGGAGGAGGAGACAUAAACAGAGCGCGAAAAGCGGGAGAGAGGGGGAAAAGCCACAAAGGUUGAAGGUUUGAUUUAAGUGUUCCUCGCCCGAAGGUAUCAUUAGAUUCGGGCUUGGAUCUUCUUGAGUUAUCAUUAUCAUAAAUGGCAUCUUCACCAAUAAACCUUGCUGCAAAUGGAAUCUCUAGACAUACUGUCAAACUGAAUUUGACCAGAGAAUUUUAUGGUAGGCAUCUGAAAGCUUCAGCAGCCCUGCCUUCAGUUGGUAAAGUGUCCAGGCCAGUCUCUGUUAUUGCCUCCUUGUCCGAAAGGCAGCGGGAGGGAAGAAGAGAUUUCCUAAAACUGUUACUUGGAAAUAUUGGACUUAGCUUGCCUGCUUUAGUUGGUACAAGAAAUGCUUAUGCUGAUGACCAAGGUGUAUCAUCUUCAAGAAUGUCAUAUUCAAGAUUUUUGGAAUAUUUGGAUAAAGAUAGGGUGAAAAAGGUGGAUCUGUUUGAGAAUGGAACGAUUGCAAUUGUAGAGGCCAUAUCUCCUGAGUUGGGUAAUAGGGUGCAGCGAGUACGUGUGCAGCUCCCAGGGUUAAGUCAGGAGCUUCUCCAGAAGUUGAGAGCGAAGAAUAUUGAUUUUGCAGCACAUAAUGCACAGGAAGACUCUGGCUCAUUUUUGUUCAAUCUAAUUGGCAACUUAGCUUUUCCUCUAAUCCUUAUUGGAGGUUUAUUUCUUUUGUCAAGACGGUCAUCUGGUGGGUUUGGUGGACCAGGGGGCCCUGGCUUCCCCCUUGGCAUUGGUCAGUCAAAAGCCAAGUUUCAGAUGGAACCCAAUACUGGUGUCACAUUUGAUGAUGUUGCUGGAGUAGAUGAAGCAAAGCAGGACUUCAUGGAAGUGGUGGAGUUCUUGAAGAAACCAGAGAGGUUUACUGCAGUAGGUGCACGGAUUCCAAAGGGUGUUCUUCUUAUUGGUCCUCCAGGAACUGGGAAAACAUUGCUUGCCAAGGCAAUUGCUGGUGAAGCAGGUGUUCCAUUUUUCUCAAUUUCUGGCUCUGAGUUUGUAGAGAUGUUUGUUGGUGUAGGUGCUUCACGAGUCCGUGAUCUUUUUAAGAAGGCCAAAGAGAAUGCGCCUUGCAUCAUUUUUGUGGAUGAGAUUGAUGCUGUUGGAAGGCAAAGAGGAACAGGAAUUGGAGGUGGGAAUGAUGAGAGAGAACAAACUCUUAAUCAGCUGUUGACUGAGAUGGAUGGGUUUGAAGGAAAUACUGGAAUAAUUGUAAUUGCAGCCACCAAUCGUGCAGAUAUCCUAGAUUCUGCUUUGUUAAGACCUGGACGCUUUGAUAGACAAGUAACUGUUGAUGUUCCAGAUGUGCGAGGACGAACUGAAAUACUAAAGGUGCAUGCUAGCAAUAAAAAGUUUGAUGGUGAUGUUUCUCUUGAUGUUAUAGCCAUGAGAACACCGGGUUUUAGUGGGGCAGACCUUGCAAAUCUUUUAAAUGAAGCAGCCAUUUUGGCUGGUCGUCGUGGAAAAACGGCUAUUUCAUCAAAAGAGAUAGAUGAUUCAAUUGACAGAAUUGUGGCCGGCAUGGAAGGGACAGUAAUGACAGAUGGAAAAAGCAAAAGCCUGGUGGCAUAUCAUGAAGUUGGGCAUGCAAUCUGCGGAACUUUAACUCCAGGACAUGAUGCUGUCCAAAAGGUUACCCUCAUCCCACGUGGCCAAGCACGGGGACUCACUUGGUUCAUUCCUGCCGAUGACCCAACUUUGAUAUCAAAGCAACAAUUAUUUGCAAGAAUUGUAGGUGGUCUUGGAGGCAGAGCUGCUGAGGAGGUCAUCUUCGGGGAGCCUGAGGUGACAACUGGUGCUGCUGGAGACUUGCAGCAAAUCACUAGCUUAGCUAAACAGAUGGUUACCACAUUUGGAAUGUCUGAGAUUGGCCCUUGGUCGCUAAUGGAACAGUCAGCACAAAGUGCAGAUGUUAUCAUGAGAAUGAUGGCAAGGAACUCGAUGUCUGAGAAGCUUGCUGAGGACAUUGAUGCUGCAGUUAAGAGGAUAUCAGACUGCGCAUAUGAGAUUGCCUUGAGCCAUAUCAGGAACAACAGGGAAGCCAUUGAUAAGAUUGUGGAAGUGCUCUUGGAAAAGGAAACAAUGACGGGUGAUGAGUUCCGAGCAAUUCUCUCGGAGUUUGUGGAGAUUCCUCCAGAGAACAGGGUUCCUCCAUCCACUCCAGCCGCUGUCCCUGUCUGAUCAUGGGUCAGCCUGAAACAUAAUGUGACGUAAAUACCACAAUCUUCAUAGUGCAGUAUCUGUAUCCAUUCAGUGAUAUCUCACAUCAUGGCUGGCAUUUUGAUGUACAAUCUUGUAUAAUUUGUCGGUCCAUGCAAGUUAAAAAUAUGUUCGCAAUCAGAUAUCUUUCACCAAGCAUGAGAUCUUGUGCCAUAUCAUCAUCAUGUAUAAUUUCUUGUCUGAAUUGGAAAUAGAAGUGUUUCUAGAAGAGGUUGCAGGAC